UAAAAUUUGAGAAGAAAUUUAUAGGUUAAAUUUAAGUGACUUUUAAGUCAAUAAAAUAAAAUUUAAAAAUGUUUCAAAAACAAAUAGCAAGUUGCAUUCUCCGAGUUAUAAACAGAUCAACUUUAAACCAAAUACAUAAUAGUGCUAGACACAGGACUUUAAAAAAUAUCAGUUUAGCCAGACAUUGGUCUUCCCAAAUACAACCAAAUCUUCCAUCACAGAGCAACGAUGAACAACCACAGUCAAUACCAUUAGGUAAAAUUGAUGGGAAAUUGUUUCUCCAUUAUAAAUGCAAAGUUUGCGAUACCAAAAACAGCCAUAGCAUAUCUAAAUUGGCUUAUAACAAAGGAGUAGUUAUUGUUACAUGCACGGGAUGCAGCAAUAAUCAUUUAAUAGCUGAUAACUUGAAUUGGUUCACGGAUUUGAACGGGAAACGAAACAUUGAAGAGAUUUUAGCCGAAAAGGGCGAAAUUGUUCAAAAAAUUGAUGCUGAAAGUUGUAUAGAGGCUAUCAAAAGGGAAAUUGAUAAAUGAGA